AUGACGUCAUCGGAAUGACCGGGAGCGACGUGCACUCGGUGGUGGCGGGCCUCCGUCCUGCCGGCAACCACCACCACCUCAACAACAACAACAAUAACAACAACAACAACAACAACAACAGCCUGAGCGCCGACCCCGCCGCCCACAAGGCCAAAGCCGCUAUGACCUGGCGGGCGGACACCUUCAAGGGAUCCCUCGCCGCCCACAAGGAUGCCAUGGACGUCACGCGGGACGAAGGGCGCGCCAUCCGAGCGGUGAUAAACGUUAUCGAGCCCGCCUCCUGCUCCUCCUCCUCCGCCGCCUCCUCCUCCUCUUCCUCCUCGGCCUCCUCCUCCUCCAGCUCGGCCGAAGGGGCCUCCUCCUCCUGCGGCUGGGGCGACGUUGGCGCGCUCGCGGCCUACGAGCACGUGGUGGAAAGGAUGGGCGAACUCAACGGCACCGCGGACGCCCACCACACGGACCUGCUCUUCCUCAAGGGCCUCAUGGACUCGCCCAUCAUGAAGUCGCUCGUCAAGAGGAGAAAUCGAGGACUUCGCAGCCCAGAAACACGUGCUUGCUGUGCUUGCCGCUGCCAUCUUUGUGGUUGCUCGUAAACGGGAAAAAGAAACAUGAAUAAAAAGUAAAAAUAGAAUUAGAAAAAAAAUUGUUACUAUUGUCUUUAUUUUUAUUUUCAUCCCGAAUCUUAUAAAUGUCAC